CGUUUAGAGUGCACCGACAGACAGAGUGUGGCAUGUUCAAGAGCUAAUGAGCGAAAUCAAUUGAGACUGUAUUUUGGGCAUCACGUUGCAUAUCUCUUGUGGUUCUUCCGUUCCGCGGUAUCGCCAAAGCAAAGAACCUUGCGACGGAAAACAGCUCUAUCCUACAAUCUCUCUCCAAUACCCGACCGCACGAUGCAUUUCCUUACCUCCAGAGUCCUGUCAAUAGGACGCCAGGCCAUUGCCCAGAAGCCAGCAAUCUUCACACAACGAGCGUCUUACUCUGCGGCCGCCACAUCUUCAACGAAUACCUUCAAAACACACGUCUCAUACAAGCCCAACCCUCUCCGACAGCCCGUCAACCCCAACAGGAAGAACAAGAUUCCAUAUAAGGAUCGCCCACUCAAGCAACCAUUCGUCCCUCCACCAGUAUCCAAAAACCCUGAGAAACUCGGCGCAACCCUUCGCUACGUUAUUCGACGGACGCCAUCCUCCCAGCUACCUGUAUACCGCAAGUGGAUGUCUGGUGGCAACCGCAUGAUCGUUAUCAUUAAGAAGAUUGAUGGAGACCGCUCCAAGUUUAUCCAGGACUUGGCUAGGGAUUUGGAGAUUAAACCGGUGGAUAUUCGAUUAAAUCCUACAACACAACAUGUAGAGAUCAAGGGUCAUGUCUACGAUAAGGCAGUUGAGUGGAUCCUGAAGACCGGCUUUUGAAGAGCCGGCCAUGAGUGGUGUAUUCAGAGAUUAGCCAGGUCUUAUCCUCGACCAAACACAUGGGAGGAAUCAAAACUGUAUCAUAUUGACCAGUCACCAUCAGGGGCGACACAAGAUGUACAAUACAUGUAGUAAUGCGAGCGCAUCAUAGAAGCAU